GAAAAAAAAAAUAGUUUCUGAUUCCUUACUUAAGGAGUUGAAUCCAGUAUAAAGUAGGAUCCAACACUACUCAGGGUGAGAUGGACUGAGUUUGAAGACCUCGUUUAGGCUCUUCACUCUAGUCGUGGAGCUGAGAUAAGUGAGUUACUUAGAAGAGGUGAACACAGGUCUCGCAUCGACUUCCCCGUCUGACUCUCGUCUCUACACUCUACCAGUCAAGCACAGUCUACCAGUCAAGCACAGUCUACCAGUCAGCUAAAAAUCUACCGGAGGCUACUGGAAAUCUCGGCCAGUUUUCUCGCACCUGGACCAAAAAAAUCAACCAAAUUUAAACCAGAGAGUUUGCCGAAAGUGCCUCUUCUAAGGAGUUGACUAACUAACCUCUUACAAAAAUAAUUCAAAUUGACUUUUGAAAAGCACUUAUAAGAAAGUGAAAAAGGAGGCUCUUGUGCCUGAGACAUUAGUUCCUUUUUCUGCCUGUGUGUUUUUAGUGUAAUCAUAAUGGUUUAGAGUAUUCAUGUUAUGUAUACACUGCAUUCAGCAUUCCGUUUGUUUUGUUUAUUAUACACCUAAAAUUGUUUCAGUUUGCUCUGUUUUUGUUUAUAUUUUAAUAAUGAUUAUAACUUUAGGUAUAUUAUGUAUACGUAUAUUUAUGUAUAUUAUUUAGAUGUAUUAGUAUUCAUUUAGCGUUUCUGAAGUAUACUUUGGAUUUUGCAGGUGUUCUUUAGGUCUGGUUUUUAUUCGUAUGCUCUUCCUUCAAGGCUUAAAGAUUUUUUCGUGUGUAAGAUUCCUGUUUGUCUGUCAACAGUUGUGUGGGGAAUGAUCUGUUGAGAUUAUCAGUACUCGUGUGCCUCAGUGUAUGUGUGGGAGACUUAGUUCCGAGGACGCUGCCGGAGGCAGUUCUUGUUUGAUCUGGAAGUUUAGCAUUUGAAAUUCCCUUCUUCAGGAGGCUUUUCAGGUUUGUCAUCACUCCAAAAUGUGGUGACUCCUGCAGCGUCAGUUGCCUCACGAGUGGGGGAUCUGUCUUGUUCGGUUCCUUCGACUCAUCCCACUUCAGGGUGGUGUCUGCACUCUGUAUGUUGAGCUGUGGUAAACUUUGUAACAAUGUCGUUCUUGUUGCACUUCAGUAACUAUCUCAUUGGUGGUAAUGUGCCUAUUGAUGAUGGUGUGGACAAACUCAAUCGCAAGUACACAAUUCUUAUACUCAUCUGUCUGUCACUGCCGUUAGUCACCAAGCAGUUCGCUGGUGACCCCAUAGAGUGUUUCACCCCGACGUACUUCACAGAGCCACAAGCUAGGUACGUCAACUCGUACUGCUGGACGGCGAGCACGUAUUAUAUCAUCCCGGUGGAUGAGAACGCUAGGGAGCAAGUCACCAGAGUUCACUCUGUGAAUUUUGAUGACGAAGGUGGCUCGACUGCCAUCAAGGGGGAGCGUAUUAAGGUCAACUACUACCAGUGGGCCCCUAUCAUUUUGCUGGUUGAGGCGGGAUUAUUCUACGUUCCUUUUGCCAUUUGGAAUUCGACAGCUAAAAACUCAGGCAUUAAAGUAGGUCGGCUCUUGAAAAAAGUGUCUGUGAUCUCUCAGUACACACCCGGCCACCCAGACCGCGACGCUCUUAUUGCCGAGUUCCUGGACCAGUUUAACACGCUGAUGGGCGUCUCAAAGUGCUGUCCAGGAACCGUCUGUAAGUUCGAUUGCAAUCUGGCUUGCGGCGGGAAUCCCUCGUCUUCGCUGUUCGUGCUCUACAUGGUCGUCAAGAUCAUGUACGUCUUCAACAUCCUGAUGCAGUACUUCCUGCUCACGGUAUUUCUGGGAAAGGGCUAUCUCUUCCACGGCAUCGAAGUGGUGGAGAAGCUCAUCAACAAAAAAGAAUGGUGGACAUCGCCGCGUUUUCCUCUGCAAACACUGUGUCAGGUCCUGGCUGCCCAGCAAGGGUCCCUCCGUACCUAUACUUGCCAGUGUGUGCUCCCAAUAAACCUUUUUAACGAGAAAAUCUUUUCGUUCAUCUGGUUUUUCUUCGCCAUUCUAUUGCCGGUAACAAUCUACAGUGCACUGAUUUGGGUGUGGCGGACUUUCACCUGUUCACGCAUUGCUUUCGUGCACUAUUAUCUGUGGCGGACGAGGCGUGUGGGAAAGGAGGAUUUGUAUAACAAUGCUCGUAAGAUGGCGGUGCAGUACCUGGGUUGGGACGGGUGCCUGGUUCUACGCCUGAUAGAGAUGAAUCAUGGUGGUACCAUUCUCACGGUGCUCACAGAGCGACUCUGGGAGUUCUAUGAAGGUAUGGAGAGGGCUCAACAGGAUGGCGGAGACCCAGAGGCCUAUCUAAGUCAAAGGCCUCCACUCUUCGCUUGCGGUCCUUACCCUCCGCCGGGCCCCUCCACCGUCACACCUACGCCUACGGGGGCUUAUGGCUUUUACGGAAAGCACUUCCUGCCGGGAACGCCAUCAGCAUACCCUGGUUACAUGUGGAACCACCAAGACCUGGCAACGCCUGCUUACUCGGGCUACCCCAGGAUACGUGGCAAGAUCAGGUAACGCUCUACAUCAUGUGCCUAAAGCCCCCAACUGCCCCUGUACACGACACCCAGUGGUGCUAGGGUCACCACUUAACCUUGUACACGGCGCCCACUGGUGCUUGGAUCACCACCUGCCCCUGUACACGGGGCCCAGUGGUGUUUGGAUCACCAUUUGCCCUUGUACACAUUCUUUAAUAACAUGUUGAUUUUUAUCCGGGUUUGUCGACGAAAAAGAAAAGCAGUUUGGCAUGUAACUACUGUUCGUUUCCUCUAAAGUCAUCCGCAGUUCGUCGAUUUAAUCAUCAUCACUGCCGCUGAAAUAUUUAGAAUGGUUGAUUUUGCAUAACCUCAUCACAUAAAUCACAGUCUUAUGCAUUCCCACUUGAGAUGCAGCACAGUAAUCCUCAAUCAGUGGUGUUAGUAAGAGGUGCUCUUCUAGCAAAGACGAUAAUUUAUCUCAUUAAAUAUCAAUGCUUUUUUCUUCCUCUGGAAUGUUAGACAACAGAAAAUUUAGUUCAGUGUGAAAACAAGACAGUUUUCGUUCGCUCCGUAAUAAUGGGACGCUUUGGAAUUAAACAAUUAAUCGGAUAUUUUAGCGGCAUAUAUUCAUCCCUGCCUGCCAUUGUAAAGCCAACUAGCUUUAGAUUGGCAGGUGGGUUUGUAGGGAUAAAAUUACAGUGACGUGUAUUUGCAAAAAUCCCAUCGAUAUAAUCAUUCUGGUUUAGUAUGGAAAAAAUAAUGGUAUGCUUUACCAAUUGACUUUCUUUAAAAAAUUACAUUUUUUUGUGGUAUGUUGUCCUCUUAGUAACACAGUUCCGUACCCGUAUACAGCAGACCUAAAAUAUAAACAAAUGAAUGUAUCUCUUGCCUUCACACGCUACAGCACGAAACGGACCUGUGUGUUGCCCGAGUGUUGACUGCCAGAUAUAAAUAUUAAAAAAAAAAAACACUCGUUUGUGUAUAUAGUUUACCCGUUCCGUGCAGCAGUGAGUGUGGCUACACUCAUACGAGAAAGUAAUUAGCAAUCGUCAAACCAUCAGCCACAGCAACCUGGGAUAUCCCAAGUUACUUGGCAGUGUUCCUCCAACUACACUACCUCCUAUCAGAGUCAUAUGAUAAAAGGAAAUGUCAGUUAAUGUGGAAAAGAACUCAAUCGGAAACAUUGGAUGAUAAUUAACAAUAACAUAAAUAAUGGAAAGGCAAAAGUGAACAAGGUGAAGAGAGAAGAAAUUUUCUCAUAAUUCUUUACACAGUCGUAGUGCUUGAGAUUAGUUGCAUGUGCAGGAAACGUUGAUUUGUUGCAAAAUCUUAGUCGAGGUUUAAUUUGAAGAAUUACGAGGUGCUUACUAUAUGCCAAAUUAAGGGAACUUAAGUUGUUCCACCUUGAUAUAAACAACUGGAAGGGGUGGGUAGUGUCGCUAUAUUCUGAGAAAACUUGGAAUGCUUCAUAAAUCCAAAUGUAAAGGCCGAGGAAGCAACACAGACUCUGGGUGGAAGUUCUAGAAAGACUUGAAAAGUUGAUUUUAGGUGUUAUUCUGACCAGUGAGUUGGAAAGCCACCAAGGGACACUUGUUGGGGAAGAAAUAAUGAAGACUUCAUGGUCACUCAAAGACAAGGGAUUUAAAUUUUAUCCAUAUUAACUGAAAAUGCUUUGCCUGGUAAUUUACAGCCCGAUGAAAUAAGUAGUGCAGCACUGCUUUCUUGAAGCAGUCUGUAACAGAACAACCUGCUUGACCUGGUUUUGGAAUGCAAGAACACCAGAGUAAGUAAUCAAGAGUCCACAUAAAACCAUGGCACAAGAGCUCACAAACCUGCCACUUUUAAUAUUAACUGGCGUAUAAUAAUAAUAAUACAGUAAAGAUCUCGGAUUUUCGCUCUGAAGAUAAUGGAGGAACUUGUCCAGCAGCGACUGGGGUUCCCUGGCCACUGACUGUAUCCAUGAUCUUACAAACAGUAACAAAGCGAACUGCAAUAUGACAUUAAUGUACGAGUUGCUUAAAGUGCAUAUAUUCCUCAGAGUCAAAUUUCAUUA